AGGGCGGGGUUUCCCUUAAAUCAGUAGUACAGCAUAUUUGCUUAUUAUCAGAUUCCCUCUUUUAUCGGAUGAAUUAUAAUCCAACGGGGCGAAUUUUGUGAUGGACGUAGAUAUUUCCGUUGCAACAAACUAACACAACAAUUAAAAUAGCCUUUUAUAAUGACUUCCUACAGUUGACCGAUCAUUUCUUCAGUCUACAGUAGGCGUAACGUUAAAUAAAUGGUGGCAGAAUGUUGCAGGCUUCUUCAGGAAGUUGUAUAUUUGAAUCGACUCAACGGGGUGAGAUCGAUCAAAUUAACCAUUUAUUACAGCAGGAUCGGGGAGUCUUAAAACAAAAAGGUUGGGGAGGUUUCACAGCCCUCCACUUUGCUGCUCUCCACGGAAACCGGCCAGUGGCUGAGCUCCUGCUGAACAAUGGUGCUGAUCCAAACAUCCCUUGUGAUGCAGGACAAACUCCUUUUCACUUCGCUUGCAGAAAUGGCAAUAUUUACAUCAUGCACAAAAUGAUGCAGCAUGGUGCAGACUUACAGAUAUUAGAUGAGCAGGGGAAAUCAUCUCUUCAUCAUGCAGUCGGUGGUGGAAGUGUUAUUGCCUCACAGUACCUGUGGGAGACUGGAAUGUUCCGAUUCUCGGAUGCAGAUAACUAUCAGGUCACUCCGCUGCAUUUGGCAGCUUCCACGGGCAAUACUGAUGUAGUCCGGUAUCUCCUUAGAGCGCAUAGGUGCACGCCAGAGGCAGUUGACCACCAGGGGGCGUCAGCACUUCACGUUGCUGCAGAGAAAGGCAUGAUUGAGGUGUGCUGGCUACUGUUGAAGAGUGCCGGACUCCAUAUUUUACACAUGAAAAACAUCACUGGCCUCACACCUCUAGACCUCUGUAAUCAAGGGAAUACUUUUAGACAUCAGCAGCUCUCCAGGAUUUUGACAAAUUUCAUUCAACAACCAAAAGAUCUGAUUCCUAAGGACUCAUAUGUGAUGUACUUCUGGGUGCUGUUGUUACCAUCUCUCAGCGGGGCAGCAGUUCUCAUUAUAGCAGCGGCUCUUGGUGAAUAUGGGGGUAUUUUCUCUGCAGUGCUUUUCCCCUGUAUGGCAAAAGUCAUUCUUUCUCAAUAUCACAGACUGAGCAGCUUUCAAAGGUUACCAAACCCUGUUUACCUGGGAACACUGACUGCAGGUCUAAUUCAUUCCACAGCUUGUUUUCUCUAUAAAAUUGUCCCUAGUUUUUGGCCAGCUCAUACCCUCUUACACAUUUCACUUGUCCAUUUUUGUGUGCUUGCUGGACUUUUUUGGAAAGUUCUAAAUCAGAACCCAGGACAACUCAAAGAAGCUGACACUGAUUCCCGGUUUUCCAGCAUAGGAGACUUAAUGGAAGCCGGCCAGAGCCCAGCCAGAUUCUGUAUUUAUUGUGAGCUAAUUCAAGUGGAUAAUUGCAAACACUGCCGUUUGUGUGACGUGUGCAUCCAAGACUACGACCACCACUGCCUCUUCCUCAAUCAGUGUGUGGGACGGGACAACCACCGCAUCUUCAUCCUCUUCAUCAUGUCCAUGGUAAUGGCUCAUCUCAUCUUCAUCCUCAGUGCCGUUUACUACCUCUACCUGAAAUUCUCAGGCUUGCAGCUGUCAGACUGGGGCUCAGUGGUGGGAAAAGAGGCUUGGGUCGUCCUGCUGGCUCUGCUCAACAUGCUCUCUCUGAUCUGGGUGGGAUGGUUGCUAUUCGAGCAGCUUAAUGCCAUUUCCAUGGGAACCACCACCUACUUUAGGCGGUAUGACCACAAGGGGCCUUCGAAAAGACAACGGUUGGCAACAGUCCUCUCUUUUCUGCUUGAAGGGAAAAGAAGACCGGAGCACAGUCAGUCUUUUAGCAUAUAGAGACAAUUAUUUAAAUUAUAAAGCAACAUAACAGUUUAAUCUGUAUCUUAUUGUUGUUUAUAAAAGCUAUCUGAAGGAGUCAAAGCUAGUUGGUGGAAGUCAGAGCCAGUCUGCAGAUUUUGUCCUGUCGCGUAGUGUACUGUAUGAUGGGCACCGAUUCCAUGUAACAAUAUUAAAAUUAAAAAAACGAACAACUUAAAACAAAAGAACAUUAUUUUGAGUUCCAUAGUUUGUAAGAAAAAAAUAAAAGAAAUCCAGUAUUACCUAGAGGUCACUGCUGGUUUUCCAAUCCCAUAAUAGUAUCUGUACUGUGAUUUAUUUUUUGUCAAUAUGUGGAAUAUUUUAAAUAAACAUCUUUGUGUCAAUU